GAAAACAAAGCGCACUGAAUGCAAAAUUUGAUGGGUUUGACAUAAUUACUACUCGGUUUGCAGCUUUUUGCGUGCAGUUCAUACCUAGAAUGCAGAAAGAGAGGUCUGUAUAACAAACACUCCCGGAGAGUUGGGGCAAGAAUCAUGCAAUACUUGUUUAUGAAACGAGUGUGUGCUGCAGUGUGUGUCUCUGAAGUCGCCGGUGGGAGAGCUUCUACUGAGUGGCUGUGAGAGGGGAGUUCACGCCAUCACUAUUACCAUGGAAACCGAACAUGGGUCUCGGCUCAUUUCAGACCAGGCAGAACUGAACUCGGAGCUCCAGCAGUGUGUUACGUGGCUUCAGAGUUAUUUUUGUUCUGCACAAUCAGUGAGCUCUCUUCCUUUUCCUGCCUUACAUCACCCACUAUUGCAGGGAGGUACGUGCAUCACAUACACACCCAAUCACUGUCAUGUUGGUGUAGACUGUAUAAACCCCUAUCUCUUUGUGUCAGACUCCUUCACUGCACGCGUGUUGAGGAUCUUGCAGUCGAGGGUACAAGUAGGACAAACCGUCUCCUACAAGGAGCUCAGCGAGAUGGCAGGAAACCCAAAGGCUGCUCGAGCAGUGGGCAGUGUUAUGAGGAGAAAUCCGGUUCCUCUGAUUGUGCCCUGUCAUCGUGUCCUGUGUAGCUCAGGUGAAAGUGGAAGAUAUAUGGGAGGCAAAGGAGAUAAUAUUAAGCUGUGGCUGCUCUCUCAUGAAAGGAAGUAGAGUUAGACCUAACUGCUUAACCGUUGAAUACUGUCUAUAAUCUUUUUCUGUGGGUUAUAUAACACACCCUGAAUUUUCCAGUGUUAGACGUUGUUUAUUUGAAAUAAGUGGUUAUAUGUUCCGCUACAGUAACCAAAACUAAAGCAACUGUUUAUUCACUUAAUCAGUGAACACGUGUGUUAAUUAUAACAAUAACAAUUAUUUGCCAAAGGUGAAGUGAAUAUCCGUGAAUAAUAAUCGAGAUGAAGUUGAGGUUAUUAUUCACCGAUAUUCACUGAGCCUGAGGUGGAUAAUUGUUUUACUAUAAAUACACAGGUGAUUAUUUAAAAAAAACGUAUUUAAAAAAAAAAUUAUUUCAAUCUUCAAAAGCGGCCUGCAAAUGUAGUAAAAGAUGCGGCACAGACUUGUCACUUAUCUAUGCCGACUCACAUAAAAUACUUUAUUUUGAAAUCAAUAAAAUAAAUCACAAUUCCACCUUACCUUUGAAUAAUUUUAGAUCAAACUUCGUAGCAUCUUUAGUGCUUUUAGGAACAGCAUUUUUCUUUCAUCGUUUGUAAUUCUUCCUCACUUAUGGUGACGAAGCAAUCGGCCGCCAUUUUGCCGAGUCGCUCGAAGUGAUUAUUGAGAAAUAGUCUGAAUUUCUCAACCAAUCUGCGCACACGAUUUCCGAUAAUCACCUGUGUAUUUAUACUAAUUUACUUCAAAGUUACUGCACAAGAUUGCCUGACUUUACUGACCAAAAGAUACGAAGCAUUCUUCAACCAAAGCCUGUAUAGUCUCAUUUGGUUUGUUUAAACACCUUGUAAUAUAUGAAGAUAUCACUAUUUUGAAAUAAACAUCUUUUUCCUG